UUUUUUUUUAUUAUUUUACUUUUCAGCUUAUUCCUAUUUUUGACUAUUAUAACCAGAAAACCUCUUUCUCUCACUUACACUCACAUCUUUUAUACGUCGAGAGCUACAAUAAUGUCGCAAAGGCUGCCUUCCAUUUCAAGCUUGCUGAUAAAUACACCCGCUCAAAAGGGCGAUGCGCAACCACCGCCCAUUUUAAAUCUAUCACCUCCUUCACCUAGCCUUUCCUUGCAUUCAGGUCCAUUUUCGCCUAUCAACUCACCCUAUCUUCAUCCCACAGCCAUCCAUAAUAAAGCCAAAUUAUCACCUUUAUUGUCGCCUAUUUCCUUCAAUAGUUCAAACGACUUGCCUCCUAUUCAUGGAGAUGACCCGCCUCAAAUAUUACGUCUCCCUUCGCCUUCCUGUUCUUUUCUUACUUCCCCAUCAACACCAACUUCACCUACUAUAAAUAACAACUCUUCAGCAUCUAUCUUAUUCUGCCCGUUGUCACCGAGGACUGAACUCUUCUCCCAUCAGCAUCGUCACCAGAUCACACCCAACAGAGAUAGAAAAAGAUGGUUAUCGUUGUCACCGCCUACGAUUCAUUCUUCUUCCAAUAGUACUGCUGCUAGUAGCCAUACUUCCUGCUCUACACACAUGCCUUUGCCGGUAGGUACACCGCAAUCAACGAUAACUACCACCAAUAAUGAUCCAUCUUCAGCCAUGAAACAACAUCGAACGCGAAGCAAAAGUUUCGAUGACAGUACAAUCAACAAUAGCAGCAAAAAACAAAAAAGAAAACGACAACCAGAAUCAAGCGAAACAGCAGACAAGGGCGUUGUAUGCGAUCCGCCACAAUAUACCUUUUUGACGCCCACCGUCUUGCAUAAUUCCGACACUCGGAUACGACGCAACAAGCACUUUGAUAGACAAAGAUAUCAUAGUGCUGGUGGCGCCAGUAGUAAUAUAGCACCGCAAAAUACCAUUACUCUUACGACAAACGUUGUUGAAACAACAAUGAUGACAGCAUUUACAAACUCAAAUAUGGAUACAGUGUUGAAUAUGCCCAGCAAAAAACGCGGCAGAAAACCAAAGACUUGUCUUGUAGGAAAUUCGUGCUUUCUAUGGAAGGACACUUCGACCAGUUGUAGGAAGUAGCUGGAUACUUUCAAGCAUAAGCUAUUUAAUCUAUAAGUCAAUAUUUAUUAAUCUUUAUCUAACAUAUCAUUACAACAUAAAGCUAUUGUAAGAAAUGUAAUAAAGGUUGUGUUAACCCACCUUUCGAAGG